GAGAUUUAGAAGUCGAUCAGGAUACCGAACCCGAUGAAAAAUAAAAAUGUGUUGGCAGUAGCUUGUGCAAUAAUAAAUACCGUGCAGUGCAAUAAUGGCAAUAUCAGGGAACAUUAGGAAUGCUCUUUACAAGUUUAUAGACAUAGGUGUGAAUCUGACAGAUCCCAUGUUUAGGGGUAUUUACCAUAAUUCUGCAAAACACCAAGAUGACUUCAGCGAUGUAAUAACAAGAGCUAAAGAUAACGGACUAGUGAAAAUGAUCAUAACAGGAGGUUGUCUAAGUGACUGCAAAGAGGCUCUCAAGCUUGCUAAAUCAGACGACAGCUUCUACUGUACAGUUGGCUGUCAUCCCACUCGGUGCACAGAGUUCACAAAGGACGACCCAGAAAAAUAUCAACAGGAACUUCUGGAGCUAGCUCUGGGUAACAAAGACAAAGUGGUAGCCUUAGGAGAGUGUGGAUUGGACUAUGAUCGUCUCCACUUCUGCCCCAAAGAUGUCCAGCUCAAAUACUUUGAGAAACAGUUGGAACUAGUAGAAGCCACCAAGCUACCCAUGUUUCUCCACAGUCGCAAUUGUCACUCAGAUUUCAUAGAAAUCAUCAAACGCAACAGGGAUAAAAUACCAGGGGGUGUGGUCCAUUCCUUCACUGGCACAGUGGAAGAAGCUAAGGAGAUCUUGGAGCAGGAUCUGUAUAUAGGAAUAAAUGGAUGUUCUCUGAAAACACAAGAAAAUAUUGAUGUAAUGUGCUCAAUACCGGCGGAGAGGUUAAUGAUAGAAACAGAUGCACCAUGGUGUGAAAUUCGCCCAACCCAUGCAGGAUUUAAACAUAUCAAAACACAGUUUCCAACCAAAAAGAAGGAAAAAUGGGAGAAAGGUUUCUGUGUCAAGAGCAGAAAUGAGCCAGCAUUCAUCAUCCAAGUCCUCGAGGUGAUGAGUGGAGCUCGACAGACAGAAAUCGAGGAACUGGCUGAUCAGCUCUAUAACAACACUUGCCAGUUAUUUUUUCCUCAAUAAAAGCCUUGUUAUAAGGAAAUGAAAUCCUUUGUUUUUGUACUGAAAUUUGCAUACAGGAAAUAUAUAUAUAUACAGCUAUACAUGCACAUGUAGAUAUUUAUCUGAAAUAAUUAACCUCAUAAUAGUGCAUUGCAAAUUCCCUAUAAAUGAAAUAGCUAUUUAUGAACACCAAUCCUCCAAUCUACGGUACAGUACUUGUAUUAUGUACUGGUACAAGAAAAAUGUAGUUCCACAAAAACACUUGUACGGUACAUAUGCAUGUCCACAAAAACACAUGUACACAUACAUGUCCAAGAGCACUUACUAACUGAUGUUGGUUUUUGUCUUUCAGAGUUUUAAUUUCCUCUGUGAAUCAUGAAUUCAUAAGAGAAACAGCAGAUAGGUUAUCAAUUAUAAGUUUAUUAAAAUGAUGUAGCAAUAUGUAUAAAAAUUUUCUGUACAAAAUAAUUUGUAUAUGAUUCACAACACAAGCAUUUACCAUCAUCAUUUCAGUAUGUCAGUAAACAAAGGAAACAGGAGAUCCAGUUCCAAGAGCAGGUUUACAAACCAAAAU